AUCAGUAUUUAACCAGUAGAGCAUUGUUCAAAGUACCUUAACGUAGUUCACAUUUUGUGCUAUAAGACCCGUCAGUUAGCUUGCAGAUAAAAUCAUGAAAGUUUGGCUGAUUUUUUUCUUUCUUGUUGGUGCUGUUUACGGCCAGGUUAGAACAGAUUCGCCGAAGGACAAGGAUUAUUACGAAUAUUACGAUUAUGAUGACGAUAAUCUGACCAACCGACAAGCAGUUGACUCGCAGCCACCUAGGGCUCCCGAACAGUCUCCACCACGAUACCAGCCACCACCAGUUUCUCGGCCGAUACAACCUGCACCCCCUCCUGCUCAACCUGCCCGAAGGCCUAAUCGUCAGAGAAAUCGUACCCCAGCAAUUGUUAAGACAAACGAGGUGUUCAAUUGCCCUGAACCCUUUGGAUUUUUCCCCCACAGUAGAAGCUGUGACCGAUACUGGGCUUGUGAAAAUGGCACAUCUACUCUGAAACUGUGUGGGAAUGGUUUGGUAUUCGAUGAUUCUGACAGGCUACGAGAAAAUUGUGCUUAUCCUUUCAGUGUAGACUGUGGGGAGAGGACAGAAUUAGAACCACCAAUUAGCACACCCAACUGUCCACGACUGUACGGUUUAUUUGACGAUUCUUCCAAUUGCCGAGUAUUUUACUCCUGCUGGAAUGGAGAAGCUUCCAGAUUCGAGUGUCCACCAGGUCUGGCUUACGACACCGAACAGAGGGUGUGUGUGUGGGCUGAUCUCGUAAGUCGUUGCAAUCAGCUAGAAGUAGCAGAAGGCUUUGUUUGUCCUGAUCCGGCCGAGGUGUCCAAUCAGCCAGGAGUCUUCACACGUCACGCCCAUCCUACAGACUGCAGGGGAUUUUUUAUCUGUAUUGAAGGAGUUGCACGGGCUUAUGGAUGCGGUAUUGAAACGGUUUUCAAUGCAGGCACCUUACAGUGUGAUGACCCUAAGAACGUGCCAGGAUGUGAAAAGUACUACGCAGACCUUGAUAUCGACGCCAAGACGUUGGAAAAACUUCAAAGUUAAAGAUUUACCAGAUCAACGAAGAACAUAAAAAAACACCACUCGUCUGUUAAAUAAACUAAUUAACGUUAUAUUUUUAGAUCAUGAUGUAUAAAAUGAGAUAAAUAUAUAUCAUCUUUCUUGUUCUUGACCUUCCUUCUACAACAUCGGGCCAGUACAAAGCUCCCACGAUGAAGAAAAGAGCAACUUACCAAGGAGCUUACUGUUUCUUUAGAACCUUGCGUUUAAGAUUAAGGUUCUUUUAGUUAGUGACUUGGCACUGCUCUUAUUUCUAAUAAAGAACCAAGCACGAGGUAUUAACAUUUAAUAAUUUAAUUUCAACAAUCACAUUCGUAAAUUAAAAAAUUAAAUCUGAAAUGAAUACUUACGUUUAAUAGUUCACGUGAGGUUGAAGUUACGUACACUUUCCUCAUUUGGUGUGCCUCCAAUUUGUUUCCAAAUUGUAUGUAUUGUUUAAGUGUUCCAACUACUGAUGUAAUAAACACACAUCAACAUCAAUUACCUUUCUAUUUCACCUUAUCAGAUGUUUCCUUUUUUCGGUUUCAGCUUUUAUAACAGCAUUAAUUAUUCUGUUCUACUUAAUUAAUGUUCUGUCCAUGAGUCUGCUAACGCGUUAAAAGUAAGGGUUAAUGUCUUGUGUCUACUGCUUUUUAAACUUAUUCCAACUUGUUCGGAUUUUCGUAAGCCGUCUGUAAAUAAUGAAUAAAGGUUCCCUAGUUUAAGUCUCGUGUGGGUUAUUUUUUUACUGGAACAAAAAUAAAAUAUGUAUGGUUAUUUGGGGUGAUGAAUAGAGCUUUGUUUGUUUGCCGUUAAGCAGGUAUCAAAACCCGAUUUUUAGCGAUAUAGGCCCUCAGAUUUACAGCUGAGCCAGUGAUGAAAGAA